UCCGGCAAAGUUCAGUCCUUUUUCCCGCUUGCGAUUUCAAGAAACAUGUCGACCGACGGAAAUUAUUCACAAACUAGGAGAGAACCUGAGAAGCAUCCAGAUGGAAUGCAACAGACUGGAUUGGGAGACAACGAGACCCAUUCUGAUGAGGUGGAAGCAAUUGAAAACUUUGAUGAUAUGAAGUUAAAAGAAGACCUUCUUCGUGGUAUUUAUGCUUAUGGUUUUGAAAAGCCAUCAGCCAUUCAACAGAGAGCAAUCGUUCCUUGCUGUAAAGGACAUGAUGUGAUUGCGCAAGCCCAGUCUGGUACUGGUAAAACAGCAACCUUUGCAGUGUCUAUCCUUCAGAGUAUUGAUGUCAAUUUUGAUGCAACUCAAGCUUUAGUAUUAGCCCCAACAAGAGAGCUUGCACAACAGACCCAAAAGGUUGUCUUGGCAUUGGGGGACUACAUGCAUGCCAGGUGCCACGCCUGCAUUGGUGGUACCAAAGUUAGUGAGGAUAUUAUGAAAUUGGGUCAAUAUGUUAACCAUAUUGUUGUUGGCACUCCAGGCAGAGUCCAAGACAUGAUUACUCGAAAUCACCUGAAUACCAAUGACAUUAAAAUGUUUGUCCUUGAUGAGGCUGAUGAAAUGUUGUCAAGAGGAUUCAAGGACCAAAUCAAAGACAUCUUUAGGAAACUCAGGCCAAAUGUGCAGGUUAUCCUACUAUCUGCUACCAUGCCAAUAGAAGUUCUUCAAGUCACAAAGGAGUUUAUGCGUGAUCCACUUAAUAUUCUUGUGAAGAAGGAGGAACUCACUCUGGAAGGUAUCAAGCAGUUUUAUGUGGCUGUAGAUAAAGAGAACUGGAAGUUCGACACUCUGUGUGAUUUGUACGAGACUUUGACCAUCACACAGGCUGUGAUUUUUGUGAAUACUAGACGAAAAGUUGACUAUUUGUGCAGUCAGAUGCAUGAGAAAGACUUCACUGUCUCUGCAAUGCAUGGGGACAUGGACCAAAAGGAAAGAGAUGUCAUUAUGAAGGAGUUUAGAUCAGGAUCUAGUAGGGUUCUAAUCACAACAGAUUUAUUGUCCCGUGGUAUUGAUGUCCAACAAGUAUCCUUGGUUAUCAAUUAUGAUCUUCCCACAAACAGGGAAAGCUACAUUCACAGGAUUGGACGUGGUGGUCGUUUUGGACGUAAGGGUGUGGCUAUCAAUUUUGUUACACUUGAUGAUGUGCGUAUAUUGAAAGAUCUUGAGACAUUUUAUAAUACUCAAAUUGAGGAGAUGCCACUGAAUGUGGCAGACCUAAUCUAAUUGGAGGUGACAUGAAAAUAUACAAAUUGUGCUGAAAAAAAAGAGAAAAAAGAAAAAGCUACUAUCAAACGACAAAAUCAAGCAACACAAGCAGUGGAUAGUAAAAGAUGUGGUCUUUAUUUGAAUCACAGUGCGCAUUGGCUGGCAGUGUGAGCACCGUUGAUGUUUAUGUGGUCAUUGACUUAAUGUAUAUCAAUAAUCAUUUGAUGUGUGGGCUUCCUGUGGUAAUCAAAAAGUUCGCUCCAGACCCCCUCUUUUUAUUAUGUCACAGGAAGCCCACAGAAUAGAAAAAGGAAAAUUUCAAAUAUAUGAUAGUAUGUUUCUCUACGUGUUACAUCGUGUUAUUAUUGCUAAACUUUCAGUAUUAAUAGGUUCACUAAUAAAUUUCUGAGAUACUUUU